UGUCAGAAGCCGUAUCUGCAGUUGCAUCCAAUCCCCAAUUCUCCUUCAUCUCACCUCGAUAUGUUAACGCUUAUAUCGAGUCUGUCUUUCCCAUCAAUUUGUUCAUUGAUGGACGCAAGAACGAUGGCCAGUUGGACUUGGACGCUGCGCACGGGUUUCUCCAAUACGGCCUUUUCCCCAACGACUUCUUCCGCGCGAACGGGACGAGGGACAUGGAAGGAGUCGAAAAAGUCUCCCAGGCCCAUCCUAUGCAACCUGGAAAAAAUGUCGGCCGCGUCAACAGCUACACUGUCGAUCCAACAUCUGGCAACUUUUCGACCCCCUGCUUGGUGUACGAGAACUUUGUCAAUAAAACCGUCAAGGGACUCUACCCGAAUCCAACAGGAAAACUUCGCAAGGCCCUUAAUACCAAUCUUGAUUUCUUCUUCCAGGGGACAAACGGUUCUGGUUGUAAGCAGGUAUUCCCAUACGGGCGAGAUUGAU